GAUAGUCGCAGUGGAGAGUACUCUAGACGGCUCCUCUCCCUGCGCAGCUUUCGAAAUACCUGUAUUUGUUGUACUUUGGUCAUUGAAUCAGUGCUGUCGUCGCGUGCACGACUGAACUGCGACAUUCUGUCCUUUUGUUAACUGAGUUCACCACUUUCGUUGAUUUCAAUCGCCAUCAUGUCUAAUAUUUCAGUCGAUGUGCUCGUCAUCGGCGCAGGCCCAACUGGCUUGGGCGCUGCUAAGAGACUCAACCAGAUCGACGGACCAUCUUGGCUCAUCAUUGACUCGAACGAGAUUCCUGGCGGUCUGGCCUCGACAGAUGUGACCAAAGAAGGCUUUCUUUACGACGUCGGCGGCCACGUCAUUUUCUCUCACUACAAGUACUUUGACGAUUGCAUUGACGAAGCCCUCCCCAAGGAAGACGAUUGGUACACACAUCAGAGAAUAUCAUAUGUCCGACUGAAGGGAAGAUGGGUGCCAUAUCCCUUCCAGAACAACAUCUCUAUGCUGGAUAAGGAAGACCAAGUUAAAUGCAUGGAUGGUCUGAUCGAUGCGGCUCUGGAGGCUAGAGUGGCCAACACUAAGCCCAAGGACUUUGACGAGUGGCUGCUGCGUAACCAGGGUGUCGGCAUCUGUGAUCUGUUCAUGCGGCCAUACAACUUCAAAGUUUGGGCAGUUCCGACCACUAAAAUGCAGUGCGAGUGGCUCGGCGAGCGUGUGGCCGCACCCAACGUCAAGGCCGUGGCGAAGAAUGUCAUCCUACAAAAGACUGCUGGCAACUGGGGUCCCAAUGCGACUUUCCGUUUCCCAGCUCGCGAUGGCACUGGUGGCAUCUGGAUCGCUGUUGCCAAAACCUUGCCGAAGGAGAAGACACGCUUCGGUAAGAAGAGCACGGUCAAGAAGGUCAAUGCAGACAAGAAACAAGUUUUGCUGGAGGACGGAACGACCAUCCAAUACCAGAGACUUGUAAGCACCAUGGCAGUUGAUGCGCUGGUCGAGGCCAUGCAAGACCAGAAGCUGGUUGACCUGUCGAAGGGCUUAUUCUACAGCAGCACUCACGUCAUUGGAGUUGGCAUUCGUGGUAGCCGUCCCGAACGGAUAGGCGACAAGUGCUGGCUGUACUUCCCUGAAGACAACUGCCCGUUCUAUCGAGCCACCAUCUUCUCCAACUACUCACCGUACAACCAGCCUCAGAAGGACGUGAAACUGCCGACGCUGCAACUUGCCAAUGGAUCUCGUCGUCAAAGCAUGCAAGCCAAGGAAGGCCCCUACUGGUCGAUCAUGUUGGAAGUGUCCGAGUCCAGCAUGAAACCAGUCAACCAGGAAAGCCUCCUCAAGGACUGCAUCCAAGGACUGGUGAAUACGGAAAUGCUCCGACCCGAGGACGAGAUUGUGUCGACUUAUCACCGACGAUUUGACCACGGCUAUCCCACCCCAUCCUUGGAGCGCGAGGGCGUACUCAAGCAGAUGCUUCCUGCCCUGCAAGAAAAGGGCAUCUGGAGUCGAGGCCGAUUUGGCUCAUGGCGAUACGAAGUUGGCAAUCAAGAUCACUCAUUCAUGCUUGGUGUGGAGGCGGUUGACAACAUCAUCAAUGGCGCGGUGGAGCUCACGCUCAACUACCCCGACUUUGUCAAUGGCCGACAGAACACGGAACGACGACUGGUGGAAGGAGCCCAGUUGUUUGGCAAGCGACCAACCGACAAUGUUGUCGUUGGACGCCGCAUGACGGGGGGCAAGACUGAGCUGGGUGGACGAGUGGAGACCAGCGGCCGGUCGGGUUGAAGACAAGCUCCAAAACCGUUGGUCCUGCCAUGAAUACUGUACACAGCUUGGAAGGGGCAUAGUGAACGACUACGAUAGACAUAAUGCGGUGUGAAGAGUGUUGGGGAAUGGCACUUUAAAUUUGUGGGGUUCGAUCCGAUUUCAAGACAGAAGAAAAUCAAACUCGAUAGAGUACGGAGCACAUAGAAUGGAAAGCAUGGAGUCAAGAAAAGUAUCAACCUUUCCA